AUGAGAUUUAUAGUUGAAUGUCUAAACAACCAUCUGGUAGUCAAAAACAUAAAAAUAAGAAAACUAGAUGAAGAAAAGAGAAAGGCUAACUUUGGUACCCUAGAUAAAUUUAUCUAUAGACAACCUGUUGAAGAGCACGUUGAAGAGCAGGAGCAUGUAGUAGUGGAAGUAGAAGAGGUAGAAAAGCAAGAGCACGUUAAAGAGCUUGUUGAUAUAUGUGAUCCAAAAAGGUGGGAAAAACUUAAUUAUGAUGAGAUUAAACUUUUGGUCGAGAAAGGUCCUAAAAUAGAUACUAGUAUUAUGUAUGGUCCCUACGAUAAAUUUGGUAGACGAUUUUCUGCAGCUUUAUAUACUAUAACUUUACCAAAUUUGGAGAAGUGUGAUAGAGAAUGGCUAGUAUAUUCGAAAGAGCAAGACAGAGUAUUUUGUUUCUGUUGUAAAGUGUUUAGAAAAGGGAUUUCGAAAGGUAAAUUGGAUGGUGAAGGUUAUGCAGAUUGGCACCAUGUUACCACUAGGGUUAAAGAACAUGAAUUUUCCUUGGAUCAUUUUACAAAUAGGAGUAAGUGGUUUGAUAUGCGUAAAAGAUUGAAUUUGAACGAAACAAUUGAUAAAGUUCAAUACGAGCAAUUCAAGAAAGAAAGAGAUUACUGGAAAGAAGUCCUUUUGAGAAUCAUCGAAGUAGUGAAGUUUCUUGCUAAACAUAAUUUAGCAUUUCGUGGAUCCAAUGAAAAAUUGUAUUAA